AUGAAUAUGUUGGAUGAUGAAGAUGACCAAAGCUUUCACGCUACGCGUGACGGCUACUCCCAUUUGAGCGAUGUCGAAUGGGAUGCGGUUGAACGAAUGGGUUCGACCAUGGGCAUCCAUGCUGUUAGCGUCAUGCUAGAGGCUCUCAAUAGAGAUGCCCAACAUGCUACUAUCGCCAAGUUCAUUCAAAAUGAACUUGACGCAGAACGCGAGAAAGUAGCCUUGCUUCACCAACAAGGUUCUCAACAAGCAGAGUUGUUGAGAGAACAAGGUGCUCAACAGUUUGAACUGUUGAGACAGCAGCAGGCUGCUGCUGGCGGGUCGAUGCACUCGCGUCGGCCCGAGACUUUGAAGAUUGACAUCUCAAAGGCGCGUCGCAUCGACGACGGGGAUAUGCAAGUUGCAUUUGCCCAGUCAAAUCUGGCAGGACGUGCCAAGACUUGGGCACUGGGGCUCAAGCUGCACGACCCAUAUGCGUUUGGGUCGUUGGAAGUCUUCAAGUCGCGGCUCAGACAAACGUUUGAACCGCCUAGAGCUGAGUUCAGAGCUCGAACCGAACUCUUGAAGCUCAAGCAGGUUACUCCCCCGGUGGAUGAACACACGUUGGUUUCGGUGUUCAUGCAGGGUCUUGCGGAUGGUCCCGUCAAGACUCACCUGUUCCGGCUUGAACUAGAUUCACUAAAACAAGCCAUUUCAAUUGCGGAGCAGGAAGACUUCAGUCUGAGACAGGCUCGCGCCAGCUCGACAUCAUAUCGUCAACCGAGACGAUAUGACAACGGAGGUCCAGAGCCGAUGGAACUCUGUUAUGUAGAGAGCGAGAAGGCUCGCUCUACAGGCUACAAGAAGUUGCAGAGAUGCAACAGAUGUCAAAAGACAGGACACUACGCUUACGAGUGUAGUGCCCCUCGUCCAGUGUCUCGCGACACUGGGCGUAGUGACCGUCCACCCAUGAGAAAGGGGCAGGGACGAGGGUCCGCAGUUGGUGCAAAGACGCAACAACGGGAUGGACCGUCAAAAAACGGACAGGAUCAGUAG